GUCUACAGAGUGAGUUCCAGGACAGCAUCCAAAGCCACAGAGAAACCCUGUCUCGGAAACAAACAAACAAACAUGUUGUUUGUUGUUAUGUGAAAUUCCAGUGUAGCUGGUUACUUGUCCUGCAUGUUUUAUAUGCUGUGUCCGGCAAUCUUAACAUGGAGUCUAAUUCUGACUAGAAUAGCUUUUGACAUUUAAGAUACCUAUCGAGGGAACAAACAAUUUGAAGUCAAAAGAACCAAGUUUGAAUACUGACAGCAUUGGCCAUCAGCUUUCUGGCUUGGAUCAUAUAGGCUUGGCUCUUGGAGCCACACCUGACUCUGCUGUUAAAAUGGGUGGUUACUUGACCCCCUUUCUAAGAGUAAUGCUGGUCAAUAGGAAUGCAUGCAAAACCACCCCGGGAAGAAGAGAGCCUCCGGAAAACAGGAUGAUUAGUAAGACUAGAGUUCUUAAGUGUUCCCAGUUCCUGGGUUCAGGGCUAGUGCCAGGUGGAGAAGGAGCCGGGAACUCAGAGAAGGAAGAAGGACAGACUCCUCUGUGGCAUGGGUUGGGUUUUUAUGUUGUAGAGCAGUGCACAUUCAGUGGAAAAUGUGUGUGAACUUUGACCUGCUGUUCUGAUCCGCUCAGGUAGUUAGCAUAUCAUUGGGUGAACUUUUACUAUUUCUUGGUGAUGAAUGCUUUCAAUUCCUUUUUUUUUCUACUAGAGCACAUUGCGUAUGUGUAUGAAAUUGUCAAAGAAGAAAACCUGGAGAGGUUUAUAAUUGCUUUCUUCUUCCUACUUUGAGCUAUAUAACAGCAUUAUUCUAUAUGUUUAAGUGCUCAGCAGUUAUGGAAAUGUAAGUCAGAGCCACAGAGAGGGCUGGAAAUUGCACUCAGUGGUUAAGAGCUCUGACUGCUCUUCCGGAGGACCCGGGUUGGGUUCCCAGCACCCACAUGGCGGCUCACAGCAUCUGUAACUUCAGCUCCAGCAAAUGAGCUACAUAGACUCUUGCAGCCAUUUCUCCUAAGGCGAAUGAAAGCUCAGGUAGCCACAGAGCUUCCCAAGAAGACAGAGGUGGUCGUAUACCAUGGCAUGUCAGCACUACAGAAAAAGUACUACAAGGCCAUCUUGAUGAAAGACCUAGAUGCAUUUGAGAAUGAGAUGGCAAGGAAGGUGAGCCUGCAGAACGUCCUAACGCAGCUCCGGAAGUGUGUGGACCACCCGUAUCUGUUUGAUGGUGUGGAACCAGAGCCCUUUGAAGUUGGAGAGCACCUGAUUGAGGCCAGUGGGAAACUUCACCUGCUGGACAGGCUGCUGGCAUUUCUGUAUUCAGGGGGCCAUCGGGUUUUACUUUUCUCUCAAAUGACCCAGAUGUUGGAUAUUCUGCAAGACUAUAUGGAUUACAGAGGCUAUAGCUAUGAGCGUGUAGACGGCUCCGUGAGAGGUGAAGAGAGACACCUGGCCAUUAAGAACUUUGGAAAACAGCCCAUUUUUGUUUUUCUCCUGAGCACCCGGGCAGGUGGAGUAGGCAUGAACUUAACGGCAGCAGACACCGUUAUUUUUGUCGACAGCGACUUUAAUCCUCAGAACGACUUGCAGGCGGCUGCCAGAGCUCACCGGAUUGGCCAGAACAAGUCUGUUAAAGUCAUUCGGCUGAUCGGCCGAGACACUGUAGAAGAAAUCGUGUACAGGAAGGCAGUUUCCAAAUUGCAGCUUACCAACAUGGUGAUGGAAGGGGGCCAUUUCACCCUAGGAGCCCAGAGACCGUCCGCUGAGGCCGACUUCCAGUUAAGCGAGAUACUUAAGUUCGGCUUGGAUAAGCUGUUGUCCUCUGAGGGGAGCACCAUCGAUGAAGUAGACCUGGAAUCCAUCCUGGGAGAAACCAAAGAUGGCCAGUGGGUCCCCGAUGCUUUGCCUGCAGCAGCAGAAGGAGAAGACAGAGAACAAGAGGAAGGAAAAAACCACAUGUACUUAUUUGAAGGCAAAGAUUACUCUAAAGAGCCCAGUAAGGAAGACAGAAAGUCCUUUGAACAGCUGGUGAAUCUUCAGAAAGCUCUUCUAGAGAAAACGAGUCACGGGGGCCGGUCCCUCCGAAAUAAAGGCAGCGUCCUUAUCCCAGGCCUGGCAGAAGGGCCUACCAAAAGGAAGAAGAUUCUGAGCCCAGAAGAGUUGGAGGACAGACGGAAGAAGAGACAGGAAGCCACAGCCAAGAGAAAGAGACUAAUGGAGGAGAGGAAGAAGGAGAAGGAGGAAGCCGAACACAGGAAGAAGAUGGCCUGGUGGGAAUCCAACAAUUACCAGUCCUCCUGCCUGCCCUCGGAGGACAGCGAGCCCGAGGACCUUGAGGACGGAGAAGAUGAGACUUCUGGUGAGCUGGAUGGUGAAGACCUAGACUCAACUGCCAUCAAGUAUGUUAGCGGUGACGUCACCCACCCACAGGCUGAUGCAGAGGAUGCCAUCAUCGUUCACUGUGUAGAUGAUUCUGGCCGCUGGGGCAGAGGUGGCUUAUUCACAGCUCUAGAAGCACGAUCAGCCGAACCAAGAAAAAUAUAUGAGCUGGCUGGGAAAAUGAAAGACUUGAGGUUGGGAGGUGUCCUCUUAUUUCCUGUUGAUGACAAGGAGUCACGAGACAAAGGGCAAGAUUUGUUGGCCUUGAUUGUGGCUCAGCACCGCGAUCGCUCCAAUGUCCUGUCUGGCAUUAAAAUGGAGGCUCUAGAAGAGGGCCUCAAGAAGUUAUUUUUAGCAGCAAAGAAAAAGAAAGCAAGUGUCCAUCUCCCACGCAUUGGACAUGCUACAAAGGGUUUUAACUGGUACGGCACCGAAAGACUCAUUCGGAAACAUCUGGCUUCAAGAGGCAUCCCAACAUAUAUAUACUACUUUCCUAGAAAGAAGUAAGGCUGCUGCCUGCUGUUCACCGUCUGCAUCUCCCUCCUCAGCACCGCUGGUUCCUUAGCAAUCAGCCCAGCAUAGGAUCCAGUUUUCAGCAACCGGCUAGUAAAUCCAUGGCCCAGAGUGACCGUUAGUUUUCAGGGAACAAGGCUGGUUUUGGCUGCAUUCCCUACUCUGGAACCUCUGGAUAGUCUUUUCUGAAUUCUAAUUUUGUUCCCCUGGAAUUGUUUCUGUGAUCCAGUUCCUGUGAUCCAGGACUGCACAGCUUAUUUGGGGAAGCCCUUUGGCUUCAGGUUACAUAGCUUUGUAUAAAAAUAAAUUUCCUAUCAUUAAUGAUUA